AUGGAUAUGGACGACCCUUGGGGCUCACCGUGGGCCGACGAAUUGAACAAUGAUGAUGGUUUGGGGGUUCGAAGCAUUGACAAUGUAACAGAUGGAAAUCAGGUUGGAAAGGCAAGUGAAGCUUUGAGAAAUAACGUGAAUGCGACUUGGGGUACUUCGGACGAUGGAUUUGGUGAUUGGGAAGAGGACACGGGGAAAAAGAAAGGGGGUUUGGGUUUGGACGGCGCAGCAGAACAAUGGGAUACACCGAAUCGUGGAAGGGAACUGGAGGUGGUAAAGGAUGAUGUUGGAGCAUUAUCGCCGGGUUGGGGUAAUACUUCUCCAAGUCCUGCGCGUGCAGCACCAAAGUUAUCGCCGAGUCUUCUGGAAGAACCUGUUGCAAUUGCUCGAGAACCAUCUCCGGAUCCUUGGGCAAACGCGGUUCAUUCUGAGGAGUCUGCGACGGUUGAAGACAAGCCUAAUUCAGGGGCUACAAUUACGAAUCUUGACACCUUUCAAGAGGUUGUCGAAGAAGCCACCGAUGAGGAUUUCGAAGUAGAGUCUCCCGAAGCAUUCGAAGCAAUUGUGUCGCAACCCGAGGAUUCCGAUGAGACAAAAUUCGAGCCAGUAGAACUUCCCUUUGAUGAAACAGCGGAAACGGCAAUAGGUGGAAUAAAUACAGAUAAUGAGGAAACAAUUGGACUAGGUAUUGAUUUAGAACCUAAGAGUGAUUUAUGCACCGAAAUCAUCGAGGAAGAACAUCGUGAAUCAGACGAUACUGUUCUGCCAUCGACACAGGUGCCCGAGCAUGAAUCUUCGCGACCAUCUUCUUCGCCAUCUGACAUAAGUCAUCACGAUGAACUUCUGCCAGAUUCACCACGAACAUCCUUAGAUGAAGAACCGAAAAGGUCUCGAACCACAAGAGCUGUGUCGCCGGAUGUCCAGGAGCCAGCUAAAGAAUUCGAUGACCCAGCGAAGCCAGAAAAUGAGCUUGUUGCAGAAGAUGCUAAAUCAGAGGAGGAAACUGAUGGUUCGACGGAACCAGAUAAUGAACAUGCUGCUGUAACAGAGUCAGACGCUGCAGAGAAUGAUGAAGAAAUGGAACAGAGCUCCAAUGUCGAAGACCCAAAUGAUGACGACUUUGGAGAUUUUGGAGAUUUCGAAGAGGGGUUUUCGGAUGAUGGAGAAGAAGUUUUGGAAAAUCACAAUUCGAUUGGGCAACCCAUUUCUUCCGAAUUGGCUACACCACCGAACGAAUCUUCGGAAAUCCGCUUGCCGAAAAGACCGACAGGACCCGUUGAUUUUUCUAUUGACCUGACUUCCGUGAAGACAUUGUUCGGGGAAGCCAAGGAAGAUCACAACGAAGCAGCUGAGAAGAUUUUUAUACCCGAUACUAUUAUUGCUGAUACUUUCGCAUCUACUGAGGAACGAAAGAUGUGGUACAGAGUAUCAAGGUAUGGCACUAUGCGAAAAUACAAUACUGGAGACGAUGAAAACUAUGUUCGGAUCUCAUGGGCUCCAUCUCAGGUUAAGCAAGAGACCCAAAAGAUAGUGGCCAGAUGGAUGGAAGAAGAUCGAAAUAAUGGACAUCUGAGUCUUGAUGGUACGAGCAAAGGUGGUUCUCUUUUUGGUUGGAAUGAUCUAAAUGCACCACCUGUUCCAUUAGCAACAAUUCUUGGCUCGAAACGAAAGAGUGUGAAGCUCGAAGCGAAGGUAGCCGCUAAGGAAUCAGUUGAGGUUCCUAGGGAAUCGUCGAAAGAGGUCACUCAAGAUCAAUCCGGGUCUAAGUCUCGUUCACCAUCGAAGCCGAGAGAACGCAGCCCGACCAAUUCAGUGGACUCAGGUGUUAAUAAAAAAGCACCGCCACCGCCUCCCGUCGCACAAUUUGGGUGGGCUUCAUCACCAGCGAUGCAGAACGCUUCUGGUAUCACUCCCCCAGAUACAGGAUCUUUCAUGAAAACUUUCACACUCCCGAUGAACUCUAGCUUUGGAAAUUUUGGGCAAUUAAGUCCUGCUUUACCCAGCCCAGCACCCAAAUCUCCAAUCGAACCACCCCCAAGCUUCGCCCAAGCAGUCAAGAAACCCCGACCAAUUUCAAUGCCACCCCCAUCUACAAACAGCUCGAACGGUAAACCUGCCAAUUUAGCCUUCAUUUCUAACGAUUCAGAUGAUGAAGAAGAAGAUGAUGAAUGGGGCGAAAUGGUUUCAUCGCCCAUUGUUACUGAGGCUCCGAAGUUUCCCACCCGAGUUUUGAGGCAUAAGAAGUCGAUGAGCCUUGGAGAUACACUUGCCAACUCUAUUACUCUUCCAAAUCCCCAGGUUACAAAGCUUCAAUCUGGAUUUGGUCUAAACCCGAAAUCAAGGCUCGAACAAAUUCCUGGACCUAAAAGCCCUAUAACAUUACAGUACCCGCAAUUAUCCGGUACCAUUCCAUCCCCUAUAUCUUCGAAUCCGUCAUUUGUAGAUUUGUGGUCUUCUCCAGCCACUACUCCAGUGCCAAUCCAAUCAACUGCGCUACCCCCUCCGUCACCGGCACUAUCAGCCACAGCAUUUUCCGAUCGCUUGUCACGACCUAUCUUGUCCUCACCAUUAAACACAACCUUCACAGAUACCUGGUCUCAACCUCCUCCCCCUAGCACCUCUGUAUCAGCCCCACCAAUCACAAGCACCUGGUCACAACCCUCGAGUCCCUCGAUGCCACCCCCCUCAACCAGCGCGCAGGAUCCAUGGGCGUCAGUCGAUUUCUCCUUUUUCGAUGCACCAACUCCUGCACCGGCAAUCGCAACAGGACCUGCCCCUAUAUUACUGUCCAAACAAACCACAAAACCAAGACCUCAAUCAUAUCCAGCUCCACCAAAACCUAAGACCGUUACCUUCUCUACUCCUUCGUCUAAAUCUACGCCCUCACCUCCGGUCCCUACCUAUACAAGUCAUGAUUCAAAGACCAAAUUUGAAAUGGAGCAGGAUGAGAUUGUGAAGAGAAUCGUGGGUGGCUUGCCUAAUUUGGGAUAUAUGCUUAGACGAUGA